UUCCAACGGUUACACCCGAUUCCCACUCCGCCUCUCUCUCCCCUCCUCCAAUCCCCCGUCUCCCUCUCUAAAAUCCCCUUCCCCCCCACUCGCUUUCUCAUCUCUGUCUCUUCUCUCUCUAAAACUCUCCUCUCCCUCACCGCAAAAAAGGAAAAAAAAAAAAUCCACAGAUCCGAUCAGAGAACCGCACUCCGAAUGGCGCGUGAGGAGUACGUGUACAUGGCGAAGCUGGCCGAGCAGGCCGAGCGCUACGAGGAGAUGGUCGAGUUCAUGGAGAAGGUCUCCGCGGCGGCCUCCGACUCCGAGGAGCUCACGGUCGAGGAGCGCAACCUCCUCUCCGUCGCCUACAAGAACGUGAUCGGCGCGCGCCGGGCCUCGUGGCGCAUCAUCUCCUCGAUCGAGCAGAAGGAGGAGUCGCGCGGGAACGAGGACCACGUGACGGCCAUCAAGGGGUACCGGUCCAAGAUCGAGUCGGAGCUCUCGUCGAUCUGCGACGGGAUCCUGAAGUUGCUCGACUCGAGGCUGAUACCGGCCGCCGCGGCCGGGGACUCCAAGGUUUUCUACUUGAAGAUGAAGGGGGAUUACCAUAGGUACCUGGCGGAGUUCAAGACCGGGUCGGAUCGGAAGGAGGCCGCCGAGAGUACCCUCACCGCUUACAAGGCGGCGCAGGAUAUUGCAACCGCUGAACUUGCUCCAACGCAUCCAAUCCGGCUUGGGCUUGCUCUUAACUUUUCUGUAUUUUACUAUGAGAUUCUAAAUUCUCCCGACCGUGCUUGCAACCUUGCCAAACAGGCUUUUGAUGAAGCAAUUGCUGAAUUGGAUACCUUGGGAGAGGAGUCUUACAAGGAUAGCACCUUGAUUAUGCAACUUCUUAGGGACAACCUCACUCUGUGGACCUCAGAUAUGCAGGAGGACGGGGCAGACGAGAUUAAAGAAGCCCCCAAGCCUGACGAUGAAUCGUAGUGUGGGGCACUCUUUAACUAGGGUCUCACUUCUCCCAUGUUUGUUUUUGUUAGGAGAAGAUGAUUGUUUCUGAUUUUCCUGUCAUUCUGAAAUUUAAUCAUUCUCGCUUCUAAUACGGAUGAAACUUGAAGGUACCGAUGUUGUUUACUUUGUUUGGUUAUGAAGGGUUUAUUUUCUCCAAGGAGAUUGUAGCUUUA